AUGGCAGUGCCCUGGGAGGAAUAUUUCCAACUGGUUUUGGAAGAGAAGCUGUCUACGAAGAUCCCAGAGCAGAACACAGACCACGUCCCCCGGGUCCUGCAUCUCUUGGAGAAGAGGCAGGAGCUGGUGGAUGCAGACCGGGAGCUUCAGGCCCAGAAGGAGGUGUUCGAGAUCACAAAGGCCUCCCUGAAACAGCGAUGGGAACAGUUGGAACAGAAAGAGCAGGAGCUAAAGGGGUCAUUCAUCCGCUUUGAAAAAUUUUUGCAGGACGCCGAGGCCCGGCGCAGCCGCGCACUGCGGGGAGCAGCGGAGGAGCGGCACCUAGCGGGCCGCCGGGAGGCGGAGGCGCUGCGGCUCCGGGCUCAGCUGGCCGAGCUGCAGCGGGAGCGCGCGCGGCUGCAGCGCAGGCUGCAGCGUCUGGAGCCAUGCGCGCGUCUGCUGGGGCAAAUGUUGGAGCUGCUGCCCGAGUUCCAAGAGGUCCCCGAACUGGUGGCGCGCUUCGACGGGCUGGCGGACAUGCAGGAGGCGCUGAGGCUCACGGAGCGCCAGCGGCUCGCGGAGCUGGAGGAGGCGCGCGCGCGGCUGCAGCGGCUGCGGGACUCCUGGCAGGACGAGCUGCUUCUGCAGGGCCAGCGGCGAGCGCAUCUCCUGGAGCAACUGGAGUCGGCGCGGGAGCGCACGCUGCACUGGGAAUCCAAGUGGAUUCAGAUCCAGACCACGGCGGCUGAGAAGACCUUGCUCCUGGGACGCACCAGGAUGGCAGUACUCAAUAUGUACCAGCUAGUGUGUCAGCAUCAGAGACGGCCACCCGCCCUAGACAUCGAGGACGCCGAGGGGCAGCUGGAGCAGGUGAAGCUGUCCAUUCUGGACCUCUCCGCCAUACUGGCCGGACUCCAUCAGGCUAAGUCCACUGCCCCCACCUCCUAA